AUGCCAUCUGCUGCCCGUGUUCUGGGAGCCUCCUUCCUGAUUGACUCAUUGAUAAGAAGGACUCCUGGGCACCAGCACAAUACUUUUCAAGACCUGAAGAGUUUAACAAGGAGCAGUCAAUCAGAUGAAGUGGUCGAAGUCCCUCAAAGUACUCCAACUCCAGAGUUAACGGCCAGGACAGCUGAAAAUAGCCAACCAGGUAAAAAGUUGUGGAUCCAAGAAGACAAUCCAUCAAAGGUAAAGGCUGAAUGUACCAAUGCUAGCCAAUUUAAGAAUGAACUAGAUAUCCCUAAAAGACAAAAGUCAGAUGGAAGAGAGUGGGCUCCUGGGAACAUUCAUUCAGAAGAGAAACCGGAAUUAUUUGACACUAAUCAUUUGAAGGAUAACACCGGAACCAGCAAAUCCAACAAUUCUGAAAUUCUCUCUAUGAAGGUCCCUGAAAAACCCAACCAUUCAUAUAUUGCACUGAUCUCAAGAGCCAUUUUAUCGUCCCCUGAAAAGAGACUGCAAUUAAGUGACAUCUACCAGUGGAUCAUGGAAUCCUACCCAUAUUACCACAACCAGGUACAUAAUUACACUACUGCCAAUAACAGAUCAUAACCAUAGCUUCAUAUUAUUACUAUCACAGACCCCUAUUAUAUUUUCACCACUAAAUGGCUUUACACAAUUAUGUUGAUAACCGUUCGAAACAGACAAUCACUGCACUUUAGAGAGCACUUAACAAAAAGUUGAUUAACAGCACUUAAAAAGUACAUUGCACAUCAAAAAAAUAAACCAGGAAUGGUAUGCAAUAUGAUCAAGAUGUUCCUUCUCUGUAAAAAGGGUUAAUAUUCAAUAGAUGGUUAUUGAAAGUUCUCAUGACGAGUAAAGAAUUAAGCAGAGUAUAGGAAGAAAACAGUCACAAUAUAAGACAGUACAUAAGAUACAAAUACCCCCUUCUAUCUGUGCAUUGAAGCCAACAAUCCCAGAAGUGUAUCUUCAUGCACUGAAUUCUGCAAAUGGAGUACAAAUAUGUAAGGUACUAUAUGUUAUGCAUACCUAUAAACACUGCUGAUCCACCAUAGCCAUUGGUUCUCCGACUGAUAAAUUAUGUUAUUGGGCAGGGAAAUGACAGAUGAGAUCAGUAUAUUCAAAUGUAUGCAUUUUAAGAUGAGGAAUACACUUGCAACAUGCACUCGAAAUGGGGCUAUGCUGAGUUAGGUAUAGAGAGAAUGAAUUUGAAAUGUCAAUGAGCACCUGCUCAGCCCUGUGGGUUACGGUCAUUCCACUUUAAAUAUGGACACUGGUUAUUGAAAAUGUUUUGAAAAAGCUAGAAUACUAGCAUUUGUUUAUUCUUAAGGUGUAAUAAUGAUCAUAUUAUACAAAGAUAUAUAAGGCUAAUAUUAACAGCCUAUCUAAUAAGACGUUACAAAAAACAAAAUGCCUUACACUGAGAAUUGAAUUUACACCUAGAGAAGAAAAGAAGAUAUUUAGGGCUGUACAGGGAAGUUUAACAGCCACUUUGAAAUCCGGGAUUGUGUGGAAAAGUCUUUUAUCAAACUGUAUGCAACAAUAAAAAAUAGUGGUUGUAUUUAAAUGGGUUCUGCUUGUACACUGGACCUUAAACACCAUAACUACUACAGCUCACUGUAACAAUUAGAUCCUGUUGGUAUCGUCCCUCCAUUCUUUCAGUUGUAGAAUUUAGAACAACGUGGAUAAAGAUUGCAUGGAGAAGAAAUAUAUUUAUUCACAUAUUUUUCUUCAACGGAUUGCCAUAUCAUUUCUAUAUUUUAGUUAGUACUCGUUGGUAUAAUAUUUCAAUGUUAAUAAUUAAAUGGGUAACAUGUUCCCCACAAUACCGAGAAAGUAUUCUAAAGAAAACAUAUUUUUCAUACUUUAAUGGUUGCAUAUACCUCGUUGUUUGAUUCAUCUACCAGUCAGACUAUUUAUUCUGGACUUUUAUUUGCUUAUUAUCUAUUAUAAAUAUUGCAUUUUAGUCUGCCUAUUCUAUGCUCUUUUAAUUUAUGUGGUUUGUAGUGGCGCUGCCUUCCUUUCUUUUUUCUGUACCAUUUCUGUUGUAAGGCCUGUGAGGGAGCCCUACUUUUUAGGUGUGCUGCCACUUUUUACUUAUUUAUUAUUGUUUCUGUUAUAUCUUGUAUAGAUACAGAGCGCUGGUCCCUUUCUUCCGUUCUAUGCUCUUUUGCCUUCUAUAUAUUGUGUUGUUGUGGGGUGUCCUUACGUAUGCUGGAUAAUUCACUACAACUGCACAAAAUUACUUCUAUUAUUAGGAAAAGAGCUGGAGAAACAGCGUGCGCCACAAUUUGUCUCUCAAUGAGUGUUUCAUCAAAGCUGGCCGCAGUGAUAACGGGAAAGGACAUUACUGGGCUGUUCACCCUGCUAACUUGGAGGCUUUCUCAAGGGGAGACUAUCAAAGACGCAGGGCAAGAAGACGUGUACGAAGGUAAAUACAUUUAUGAAGCUCACUAGUAUUAAAAGGGCAAUCUAAGCACCAUAACCACAACAGCUCACUGCAUCUACAUUCCAUCACCCUUUUCAACCUCACUGAUAAUGCAGAAGGUGCACUUAUGCAUUAUCAGAGGAGACUUUAUCUGCCCUGCACAGCAAUAAUAAGCUGAGACCACUGGCUGUGGGACAGACCAGCACUAUCAUUGCCAUCCAGGUUAGAUAGAAUUUCCCUCCCUUGUUAUUAAAGCAGAAAUGAAAUUUCCGCGUUAUCAGUUUUACCGAAAUGUAAUGAGAUGUAGGUGCUGGGGAGAGAACUUGGUCAAACUGCUCCAAAAAAGUUUGACAAAAACUAUAGUGGGGCUAUUGAUUAUAACGUUUAGAAUACUCUUGUAACUCUCAGUAUUACCAUUCAAGAAAAGGUUACAUGGAUUGAGUACUUAUAGAUAGAUAGAUAUUGGCAUUUUAGUAACGUAAAAGGAAAACCAAUUUUUAGUUUGAAGGAGCAAAUUUAUUUCCUUUUUCUUUCACUGCAUACAUUGUAGUUAUUAGUGCAAUCGCCUUAUAAACGAACGGCAUAUUCCUGCAUUGAUAUAUUUAUGCCCUUUAAUUGCUUUUUGUGCAUGUGGACUGUAUUUGCUUACCCAGCUCCCACCAUGUCUUGUACUUUAUCACAAAUGUUCUCAUUUCAUAUUUUUGAUUCGUUUUUAUUAUCCUUUUGAAUAUCAACUCUCUCCCUACUCUGCUUGUCGACACAGGGUUUCUUCAAUUCUUGGACAUCAACCUCACUUUCCGUCUUGUACCUUGUGCUGUUUUCAUCAACAACUUUGCAUCUGCUGCCCACCGCUGAAUCCCCACUCCAGUCUACCCCAAAUAUACCCUCUUACAGAACAACCUUCCCAGCAAACACGUUGGCCUUUCCCCAUGCCAGUGCUCUGGCCUUUUCACCAGAUGCCUCCUUAUGUUUAACGCAGAAAUGA